AUGUCUGAAAGUACAAAGAAAGACAAUAAAAAACGGCAUGUGAAACUUAAACAUCUUGCUAAGAUCAUAGCUGCAUUAUCAAGCCAAGGAGAAAAGGAAAUCCUACAGUCCCUAGAGAAGAAGAUAGAGAAGUAUUCAGAGUUAAAGGCUGCAGUUUAUGAAUUCCUUUAUAAGAUCAAGGAAAGAGAGAGCAAUGAAGUACGAGUGUUUGACAGUGACUUCUGGGAUAAUGUCACAACAAGAAUUGAACAAAUUGAUAGUAUAAAAGACAAAGAUCAAGCUAUACAAGAAAUGAUGGCCUUUAAUAAGGAAGUAACAAACAAAUUUAUAUAUGAAAUAGAGAUGCACAUAAAAGUUCAUCGGACUAAGGAUGAGACAGAAGAAGCCAGUGAAUGGGAAGAGUUACUUAACAGAAUGGAAACGCAUCAUGGCAAAUACACGUUAUAUAAAGGAUAG